AUGGCAGCCACACACUUCAUUCGGUCUCUACGACCGGCAACACGGAAUAGCUUCAAGGCCUUUCCGACCUUGCAGUCGCAAAGUCGAGUCUUCGGAGCAUCAGCACUUCGUGCCACCGAACGCUUCCCUAGCUCUCCUCCAGAUUUUCCGAGCAUUGUCAACCCGAACCAUAAGCGAGCCGGUCCAUAUACCGGAAAGCUUGAACACUUGACGGGCGGCAGAGAAACAGCCGGUGCUCAAAAGCCGGAAUUGGAAGUGGGAGAGAUGGAGGGAAUUACGUUCAAGGUUGAGCCAUUGAAACGACAAGGCGAAGAUACAAGCACAAUGCGGGCCAGGUUACUAUAUCAAAGCCGGAAGAGAGGCAUCCUCGAGACAGAUCUUUUACUCUCGACUUUCGCCGAUGUAUAUCUCGGAAAUAUGUCCAAGGAACAAUUACAACAAUACGACAAAUUCCUCGACGAGAACGAUUGGGACAUUUACUACUGGGCUACCCAAGAACCCAAAGCGGCUGAAGAGACUGCUUCCUCUUCAGGUGGAGAUUCCGGCUCUGCUGUCAAGGUAGAUACCCCGACAGAAGUAUGGAAGCAGGGAGCGGGCAAGACUGGAGAGUGGGCGCAGACAGUUGGGGCAUUCAAACCUGCAUAUCGUCCAGUGCCUACUCGAUGGGCAGAAUCGGAGAUUUUAGCUUUGGUGAGACAGCACGUGCAGGACAAGAGUGCGGUCGGAUUUCACGCUGCGAAGCAGAAGAAACGAGGAGGCAGUGGACUGGGUCGGAUGCCAGAUGUGAAGGUGUUUGACUCAUAG